AUGCGCGUGGCGAUGGACGAAACCAGUGGAGGCUAUAGCGAUGAUCCAAGGACUUGUCCUCGAGGACACUGGAGACCUUCUGAGGAUGAAAAGCUCCGGCUGCUUGUUGAAAAAUAUGGCCCUCAAAACUGGAAUUCAAUCGCUGAAAGACUUCAAGGAAGAUCAGGCAAGAGUUGCAGAUUGAGAUGGUUUAAUCAGCUUGAUCCAAGAAUAAACAGGAGGCCAUUUACAGAAGAAGAAGAGGACAGGCUUCUUGCAGCACAUAGAGUACAUGGCAAUAAAUGGGCUCUUAUAUCCAGCUUUGAAAAUGGUGGGAUUUUGGAAUUCCAAAGCCAAAACAAAGAUAAAGUCUUCUCCGUGUCAUCAUCCUCUGAUUCACACGCUUUAUGGCCAUCUUUUAUUCCAAGAAAUUCGAGGGAAAAUAAACUAUCUUCUGCUGAUUUAUUUGGAAGAAAAGACAGUAACCAGUACAAUUCCAGCUCCAAUAGCGCACGUUUAAAUAUGUCAAUAUUUGGUGCCUGUGGGGAUUCGGUUGCAGCAUUUGGCACCCAAAACUACAAGAGGGUUGUUCCGUUUCCGUUUGGUGAUAGCAGUAAAAAACAUGGGAAAAUGAAAAGAGAUAAUUUGACAAGUAUUAAUGUCGACAAUUUACGCCCCUUUGCUCAUGCAAGGACAAGUAUAGAGAAGAAACAAGAAGACCAAUCCAUCCACAGAAAUGACAUUCCCUUCAUAGAUUUUCUUGGUGUGGACACACAGUCGGAGAAUCAUACAUCUUUUGCUCCACCGAUUAAAACCCAGGGUUUUGAAAAUUGA